AUGGGUUGGAACGCGCCGCGUCGUCUCGUGGUGUCAAUAUCUACGUUAUUUGUCGCCGCGCUUCUCGUUACCAUACCUCCGAGGGUCUCUUUUGCGGCCACGGACCCCGCUCAAGUGGCCAUUCUACAGCAGCUUGCGGGCCUGGGAAACGCUAACGACGCGCCCUUCAACACGUGGACGGGCGGCGACCCCUGCGGGGCGGCAUGGGAUGGCGUCAGGUGCACUGCUGGCGAUGGCGGUUACGACGUGGUUACCGAACUCUUUCUUGAGGAUGCGCAACUGACUGGCACCUUGCCGCCUUCCCUCUUCGACCUCACAUCCCUUCACACAAUCAACCUGGGCAAGAACCCGGGCCUUCAGGGCUCCAUCCCAGCAAACCUUGGGAACCUCGCGCAGCUGACCAUGCUUAACCUGCAGGGCUGCAGCCUUUCAGGCCCGGUGCCCACCUCCAUAGGCAACCUGACCCACCUCAUCUACUUCCUCGUGGCGCAGAACCUGCUUUCGGGGCCUCUCCCGGACCAGUUUGGGCUGCUGCCGAAGCUGUUUCAGAUCGACAUUAUAGACAAUCAGUUCAGCGGCACCCUGCCCUCCUUCGCUGGGGCGUCUAGUUUAGUGCACCUCCACAUGAGUCGCAAUCACCUCUCAUCCAUCCCUGAUGAAAUUGCGCAAUUGCCGAGCCUACAGCAUUUGAUUGUGGACGGCAAUCGAAUCGUCCAGCCAUUCCCCCUCUCUCUCAACGGAUCGGCUCUCAGUGUUAUUUACUGGAGUGGCAACACCAUCACCGAGCCUUUGCCUUUGGUCUGGAAUCUUCCAAACCUAAAGGACUUCUUGGCCAGCAACUGCAGUAUUCCAACACAGAUUCUGCCAUCCUUCCCCCAAUCCAAGGUCCUCGCCAAUCUAGACCUGAGUCGGAACAACUUUGGAGGGUCUAUUCCCGGUUCUCUCUUCACAGACAACCCCAACUUGGUCAACCUCAACCUCGCCAACAACGCUCUCGAGUACGCCCUCCCUGCUGACAUCAACCUAGCAGCCAACCUGCAAUCGCUCUUCCUCUCGGGCAAUCGCCUCACAGGCACGCUGCCGGACCUCUCAGGGCUGAGCAAAGCAGUGUCACUCUCUUUUUACGACAACCUCCUGACGGGCCCUCUGCCCCGCCUCAACCGCUCCGACAUCACGCUGCAGCUAUACGGCAACCCCCUCUGCUCGCCCUUCACUCCUGAAAAGCAAGCCCCCUGCAGCCCGCCAGCCGACCUCACCCAGUACACCGCGCCCUCCUUCUGCCAGGGCUUCGCCUGCCAGCCAGACGACCUCUACAGCCCCAGCCAGCCGCUCUUCCUGCAGUCCAGCCUCUGCAUCUGCGUGUCGCCGCUGCGCGCUGACGUGGCGCUGUAUCUGUCGUCCUACGUGGUGUUCAAUCAAGCGCUUGUGGACCGACUCGAGGAGAUUUUAUUUCAGGAGCUGGUUGGUGGCAAGUUUGGGCUCAAUAUCACCAAGUCGCAGGUGCUAAUCUCAGCCAUCAAGAGCCCCUCCUCCCUCCCCUCCCUCGCCUCCACCUUUGCAUCGGACCACACCACUCACGAGUCCACCAGCACCGUCACCAUCCUCUUCUUCCCACCCGUCGGCGACGACAGCUGGUACCCGCGCGACCUCCCAAGGGGCAUCAAGCAGGCGCUCUCGCUGCGCAACACCGACCCCACACAGCAGAUGAAUUUGAGUGAAUUCGGGUCGAUUCUCUCCGUGCACUUCCAUGGCCCCGCGCCCUACAACCCCCCAUUGCAGCCGGCCUCGUCGGGGCUGAGCACGGGUGCCAUCGUGGCCAUCUCUGUGUGCUCCGCUGCUGUUGCCAUCGCCCUCAUUGUGGCUCUGCUCAUGCGCCCCUGGGAGAGGCGAGGGUGGAGCAAUGCGGACUACGAGGCGUUGGAGGGCAUCAACCUGCAGCACGCGCGGCGCUACUCCCUGUGGCAGCUGGCGGAGGCCACCCAUGGCUUUGAUGACUCCGCCGUGCUGGGCAAGGGAGGGUUCGGCACGGUGUACCGGGGAGUGCUGAACGGUGAGCCGGUGGCGAUCAAGAAAGCAACGGAGAAGCGGCGGCACGACGGGGUGGAUUUCAAGAACGAGAUUGAGAUGCUGACAGCCGUGUCGCACGGCAACCUGGUGAAGCUCACCGGCUUCUGUGUGGAGAAGGACGAGCAGCUGCUGGUGUUUGAAUUCAUGGAGGGGGGCGCGCUGGACGCCUGGAUCAAAGGAAAGACGGGGCGCGCCCUAUCAUGGAAGGAGAGGAUGGGGAUUUCCCUUGAUGCAGCGAGUGCGCUUCACUACUUGCACAAGGAGAUGAGGCCCGGCAUCGUGCACCGCGAUAUCAAGCCGGCCAAUAUUCUGCUGACAGCGUCUCUCGAAGCCAAGGUGGCCGACUUUGGCAUUUCCAAGUCGCUGCCGGAACGGGGCGAGCUGGUGCAGGAGGAGAUCAUCGGCAGCAAGGGCUACAUCGACCCGCACUUUGCGGUGUCAGAGGUGCUGACGGAGCGCAGUGACGUGUUCAGCUUCGGGGUGGUGCUGCUGCAGCUGGCCACGGGGCAGCCGCCUGUCAUUCAGGGAGUGCCGCUCAGCCAGGUCGUGCUGCACCUCGCCUUCGGCCCCCACGGCCUCUCCGCUGCUGUCGACCCCAAACUCUCCCACUUCUUGCGCGCCCGGGCUGAUCCCGCUGCUGCUGCUGCUGCUGCUGCUGCUGCUGCUGCUGCUAAAACUAGCUCUGCUGAGGGUGCUGCUGCUGCGGCUGCUCCUGGUUCUGCAGCUGGAGGGGAGGUGAGUGCGGGGGAGAUGGUGGAGGGGUUGGAGGAGACGUUCGGCACGUUCCUGCGGGUGGCGCUGUGGUGCACAGCAGAGCACCCCUCGCUUCGUCCCGACAUGGAGCAGGUCGUAUCUGCGCUGCGCAGCAUCAGGGACCAGCUUCGGGUGCUAUCUGAGGGAGGCGUUGCUGCUGAUGGCUCGCUUUCCAGCCAUGCCACCGCUGCAGCAGGAGCAGCAGGUGCAGGUGCUGCUGUGGGCCCUGUAGGAUCGAUCCCUAGCGGCGCCAAUGGUUACAAUGCAGCUGCUGGUAACCAGCAUAUGAAUUAUCACCCCAAUGCUGGUACCACUGCUACUGCCGGUGGUGGUGGCGGUGGUGGCGUUGGCGCUGCUGCUACUGGCGGGUACACCACAGGUGCAGCGGCAGCUUCAGCAACAGCUGGGUUCAGCCCAGGGGGGGGCAGAUCUCCUGAGACUGGGCUCACAGGGGCGCCGUCUAGUCUGACCACUCUGUGGAACCCCAUGGGGGGUUCUUCGUCGGGUCAACCGGGGUCAAGCUGGUCAAACCUGGGUGAGGAGCAGACGACGUUGAUGGAUGGGUAUGGGGACACCGGCACACAGAACCACACAUUGACAGGACCCCGGGCCCGGUAG